UUCUCAAGAUUUGAUUUUUCACCAAUGCAUGCCACAAAAUCACAAAUUUCUUUCCACCCUUUUAAAUUUCCUGUCUCAAUCUCAUGCUGCUUCUCUCACAUUGCUCGGAAUUUUCGUUUCCUUUGGAUGACCGAGAUCUAGGGUUUCUCGUGUUGUUCCUCUCACAUUGUUCCCUUUCUCGGUACUCGUAGAAGAAGAACCCGACGUUUUCGUGCCUCAUUGAUUUUUUUUCCUUCAUGGGUUUCAUCUAAAGCUUCGAAAUUUGUAGCUUUCAGCUUCUGGGUGGCCAUGCUCAAGCAAUUCCUCAGUAAACUGCCUCGUAAGGCAUCGAAACCCGACCCGGACGAGUCAAGCCGAGGCGACUCGUCGCGCUCGAGCUCCUCCCGGGAUGAAUCGCCGCGCGCCGCCGGGAGAAAUCACAGGUCUCACGGCAGUGUCGGUGGCAGUUCCAACGCUGCGAAACGAACUUCCUCGUCGGCGGUUUUCCCGGCAAGCACGGUGUCGGUGAUUGAACCGUUGGUGCCGUUUAAGGAUGUUCCAAACUCGGAGAAGAUGAACCUGUUCGUGAGCAAGUUGAGCCUUUGUUGCGUGACGUUCGAUUUCACGGACCCUGGUAAGAACACGGUGGAGAAAGAGGUGAAAAGAAGAACCUUGGUUGAAGUGGUUGAUUUUGUGGCUUCUUGUGGAUCUAUGAGGUUUGGUGAACCUGCUAUUCUUGCUAUGUGUAGAAUGUGUGCUAUUAAUCUCUUUAGAGUUUUCCCGCCAAAUUACAGGUCUAACCGUGGCGGUGAGAAUGAUGAUGAUGAGCCAGCGUUUGACCCUGCUUGGCCCCACUUGCAACUUGUCUAUGAAUUGUUUCUUAAGUUUAUCACUUCUUCGUGCCUUGAUGCUAAGGUUGCAAAGAAGUAUAUUGACCAUUCGUUUAUUUCAAGGUUGUUGGAGUUGUUUGAUUCGGAGGAUCCUAGGGAAAGGGACUGUUUGAAGACAAUUAUGCAUAGGGUUUAUGGGAAGUUCAUGGUGCAUAGACCCUAUAUAAGAAAAUCUAUUAACAACUUGUUUUAUAGGUUUGUGUUUGAGACCGAGAAACACAAUGGUAUUGCUGAGUUGUUGGAGAUUUUUGGGAGCAUAAUAAGUGGAUUUGCUUUGCCUUUGAAAGAGGAACACAAAAUCUUCUUGUGGAGAGUUUUGGUCCCCUUGCACAAGCCUAAGUCUAUGGGGGUCUAUUUCCAGCAAUUGUCGUACUGUGUUACGCAGUUUAUAGAGAAGGAGCCCAAGUUGGCGAGCAUCGUUAUAAGGGGUUUGUUGAAGUAUUGGCCAAUAACAAAUUGUCAGAAAGAGGUGAUGUUCCUGGGUGAACUGGAAGAAAUUUUGGAAACAAUCAACAUGGUUGAGUUCCAGAGGGUCAUGGUCCCCUUAUUUUGGCGAGUAGGAUGCUGCAUUAACAGUUUACACUUUCAGGUAGCUGAAAGGGCUCUUUUCUUGUGGAACAAUGACCAUAUUGUCAACUUGAUUGCUCACAACCGUCAGGUGAUCCUGCCCAUCGUUUUUCCAGCUUUAGAGAAGAAUUCUCAAGGCCACUGGAACCAGGCAGUGCUCAACUUAACUCAUAAUGUUAGAAAGAUGUUCGUGGAGAUGGACGAGAAGCUGUUCCUAACGUGUCAUUCGCAGUUUAUAGACGAAGAAGCCAUGCUAAACGCAGCAGCUGAGAAGCGAAAGGAAGCCUGGAAACAACUAGAGCAUGCAGCCAGUCUUCAGCCGGUGAUUGGAAAUACCCCAGUUUUAGUGUCUCCAAUAUGAUAACAUGUAAUGUAUGUAUGUAUCUAUGUAUGUCAGACCCUCAAUCCUUAUCUCUUUUUCCUCCUUUUAUGGUGGAAAACCACAAGAAAUGUGGUAAAUGGCUGUUACUAAGGGUAGCUUUUUCUUUUUGGAUCACACAUGCUGAUGAUGCUUAUGGCAGCCAGAUGCUGUAACUUGUAACAUGCUUUUGAUUGUAACUGUAUGGUAGCAACGUGCCUCCUUCUGAUAAGUAAUGAGAAGGACCAUGCAGCGGAUCAAACCCUUUUCUGUGUAAGCUUGUUUUCCAAAAUCUGCUGUGUGCACUUCACUAUUUCUGUCCUUGCCCUUAUGACAAUUGAGCUUGGAUAACCAGGAAUGGUUUGCUAUACAGGCAUUGCAGAUUAUGGUAUUAACUAAUUAAUGAAUUAUAUACACGAC